AUGUUACAAUUUUCGCUGGUUCUGUUACUUCUUUGUACUGUAAAUGGCUACCCGAAUAUUCGGUCAAGGCUUAGCGACGAGGCUUUGGAGAAGUUCUACGUAGAUCUACUGGCGGAUGUGAUUUUUAAAUAAAAAUUUUUUUAAACUUUAAUGUUUAUUCUCAGAAAUUGGGUCUCGAAAAAAAGACGGUUCAAGUUCAUUUGGCAGACGAAUUCGCGUUCCUCCAGAAAUUAAGUUCAAAGUAAAAAAAUUCUAUUCGAAAAAAUCUUGAGAAUGUUGAUUUUUUGUUUUUUUCCCUGAAAUUUGAGAGAAAACGUCAAAAAAAGUUUUUAAUUUUUGAUGAUAAGAAAUUCUGAAUAGUUUUUCUAUAAAACUUGAGAAUUUCAAUACUUUCUAAAGGCUCAAACUUCUUUCAAAAUAAUCUCAAAGUCAAAAAAACUAACUGAGGUCAUGUCCCUAGAGCAUGAAAGACGCUUCGCUUUGAGCCUUUCUCUUAAAAAAGUUUUUUUCUAAAUUUAGUAGCUUCAAAAAGGUUGCCAGAAUGAUUUUCUAAUCUUAUUUUGUGGAUUUUCAAGGAUAAUUAUUAGAAAAUAAACAUUUUAGGCAGCAGAACCAUUGACGAACUCCGAAGAAGGUCUCGGCCUCUCCUUUUCGGAUGUGAGUUUCAAAAAUCGCUUUUUUUUUUACUUUAAAACAACUUUGACAGGCCUUGAAGCUGAUCGCAGCACUGGAAAAGCUUCCCGAUGUUUCGAAAGUCAGUUCAUUUAUCAUCUAUCAAUCUUAAAAUCGUUUUUUCAGUUAGCAUCUCCAAUUGAAGAACUUGGCGACCUGGUUCCUUCUCUACCUGACGUAAGUAAAGUAAAAAAAAAAAGCAAAAGGCAACUUUGAACAGGUGAUAAAGCCGCUUGCGGACAUUGGCAUCGACUUGGAAAAAGCUGUUCCUAACGUGAAAUCCUCUUUUUUCGAAGGAUUAAAAACUGAAAAAUCAUGUUACAGGUGGCUAAACCGAUCGGAAACAUCGGAGGCAACUUUGCAAAAGCCGUUUCGAGGGUAUGUUAGGUUUAAAGGAGCAUAGAUAGAUUUCAGUAAGGUCUUGAAGCGAAAAGGGAUUUCAGUGUUAGGAACGCAUGAGUGGUUCCUAGAAAAGCUUUUGUAGGUUCCCCUUGAGAAGCCACUUUGCCUCCCCCUACAGGGGGCGCUAAGAAGUCAAAAGUGACCACUUUAGGGUUCCAAAUAGGAGUCCUUCUAGGAGAGCAUGCUAAUUAUUUCUAUACGCCUUUUCAACUUCCAAACCAAGAAAAAAAAAUCAAAAGACCACUGUAGGGACCCCUCAAGCUUUAGGGGCUCAGGACCCUGAACUCCUAUAGGGACACCAUUUUAGCCGUUUAGGGAGCAAUAAAGAAGCUUUUUUCCCGAACCCCUAAAGUGACCACUUUGGCCUUCUUGAGUAUAUCUGCCCAUACAGGUUUUCGCGUAAAAAAAUACAAAAUAGACCAAAUUAAGCGGCUAAAGGGCGGAGUAUGAUAUCAAAAAAAAUCCAUAAGCAGCUUUUUUUUUUCCGAGUUUUCAAAAAUCAAAAAAUCAUAGAAUAAAAAUUGUUUACAGUUGGUUCUUCCAUUUGGUGGUUUCGUCCCAUCAAUCCCUCAAAUACCUUCUUUACCUGACGUGAGUAAGAAAAAAGAAACUGAACUAUAUUAAGAAAUUACAGGUAAAGCCUCUUGGAAGUUUUGUGCCCUCAGUUCCGAACGUGAGUUGAGCGAGAAAAAAAAAAUUAACUGCUGGGAAACUAUUUAAAGCCCGUGAAGUCUUUCGGAAACCUCGGCGAUUUCGUUCCGUCUGCCCCGAAAAUUCCUUCGAUUCCCGAUGUGAGUUAUCAUAUGUGAAACUUAUAGUCAAGUUAAAACUUGGAAAGGAUUUUUUUUUAGGUUGGGAACCCUUUCGGAAACUUUGGAGACCUCGUUCCAUCGGUACCAAAAAUACCGGAUGUAAGUAAGAUCAAUAAUAAUCUUCGUUCAAACGAUAAAAUUCACAAGAAAAAGUGGGCGUGACGUCGUCCAAAAAAACGCCAUGGCUAGAACAAAUGAUAAAAUUUCCAAGAAUAGGUCAAGAAAUAAUGAACAAGUUGAAAAGUGCAAAGAUUUAUAAGAUACGAUUUUUCGUGAUGAAGCCCUUGUCCCUUCCCAUUGGAAAAAGUAAAGAAAAUUAGUCCUUGAAAAUGACGGCAUUCCAAAAUUUUCCAAGGCUGUUAAGUUACUUGGAAGCCUUAAAAAUCUUGUUUUUUCACCCACAGAAAUUCCUAGUCUGAAUCAAUGUCAAGUUAUCGAAUGUUAAAAAUAGCAAGAUGCUUGAUUUCCGACCUACUCUUUGGAAAAAAUUUAUAGCAUUGUUCCGUCAAUUUCCAGUGAAAAACAUGUUCAUUAGGUUCACAAAAAUCCCUAAAUUUUCUAUAGUUGAUUUACGGCUAGCUUGGUAAGGGGCAUGGCCUGUCUCCGCCCUCCACCAAUGAGACACUAUCUCUUUUUUUUUUAUCGUUCCAGGACCUUUUUCCAACGGCUAAAGCCAUCCGUAAUCCAGCUAUAGUUUGUUCUGAUUUUGAAAGUCGAUUUUCCGUUCAAGCUCUGCCCCUAAUGACGCUAAGCCAAUAAGUGAGCUAGCCAUUUACAGAGUGCUUUCAAAUUACGUCAUUGCGCUUGACAGUCGAAAUCUGAACAGACUGUACACUUUUUGGUCACAGGCAACAUUUUUUUCAUUUAUAAAUAAAGCAAGAUUUUUCGAAAUGCUUGGAGAUCUUGUACCUUCAGUCCCCGAGAUUCCUUCGAUACCAGAUGUAUGUCACUUUUUUUAAGUUAAGAUUUGAAAAUUAAAAAAAUAGGUAUACUCCAAAAAAAGCCUUUUUUUCCAGGUUAUCAAGCCAAACUUGGGCGAUCUGGUUCCUUCGGUACCGGAAGUGAGGCUUUUAUUUUUUUCUUUGAAAAAAACCCAAGUUUAGAAUGAAAAAAAUUCAUAAAAAAAUUAUCAAAAAAACUAUGGACCAUAGUCCAUGAUUUAUAUAAUAUUAUUUAUUUACAGGCAGAACAAAAAUAAUAUGUACAGAAAAAAAAGAGAAAAAAAUUUGGCAUUAAGCCUGAAAUAAAUAAAUAAAAAGGCACUUGAGGCCCUCACGAGCCUCUGAGCCAGUAAUGAAAAGAAUAAGAGGUGAGGAUUUCACAAAGGUAAAAAGUAAAUAGAAAAGAAAGUAUAAGUUAUGACACAGUGUAGCACAGGUGAGUGGGGAAUUUAAUCGUUUGUAAUGAUAUAGACGCGCAUAAGAUGGAUUAGAGUAGGGCUGAAGCACGGGUGCCUGGUUCAACGGAGUCUGCUGGGAAUAGAUCCAAAAAAAGGAAAUUGUUAUCGAGGGAUAGUAACAAAGACCUGAAACGUUCUGGAGAAACAUUGAGGUUUUCCCAAUGUAGCCAGUUUAUUCCAAAGAGGGAUGAACGUCUCAAAGAAAUUUUUCGAAACGAAUCCCUACUCUGAUAAGACGUGAUGGAGCACGUACCGAAUUCGAUCUCCUGAAAACACUGUGAGCAACUGGCAAAUGACGCGACUGAUUGAUAGAUGUCGUUGGAAGGCUCGGGCGGUUGAGCAGGCGAAUUCGAGUUAUAGUGAUUGCCACUGGAUGAAUAAAAUUGAUGAGAAUCAGCAUCACGUGGACGUUUGGCCAUAGCGCCAGAUAACCGACCGCUCGCCGUGAGGAAAGGAGUUUUUUGUUCUCAAACUUGGGUAAUUAAGAUUUAAUUAACACGGUGCCACUGUAAUUCUCAAAAUCAGUAAUCCCAAAAAAAUAAAAAUUUUUUUAUUUUGAUGAAAUUUCAAAUAAUGCAAUAGCCUAUCAUCAAAAAUGCGGACCCAACUUUUUGAGCCAUUCCCUCUUACUGUAGACGGGUUACGGUUGAUGGGUGACCACCUGCGUAUCUAAGAAAUGAUGAGCUUUUUAUGGGCAAGUUGUAUAUCAAACGAUAUGUAAUGCAAUUUUAGAAACUUUUACAGUACAUACAAAAUUAGGUUACUGUAGAAUUUCUUUGAGAUACGGUACUUUUUUUGGGUUUGGGAAGUUCGUUUUUUUGGUCGCCCUGAGCUAUUUUUCCGUAAAAGUUACUUCUCUCAAAGAUUUUUUUAGUUAAAACUAUUAGUUUUUUCAGAUAGUGAAACCAAUCGGAAAUCUUGGCGAUCUUGUUCCGAAAGUACCUGAGAUUCCUUCAAUACCUGAUGUAAGUGUUUGAGAAAAAAAUAAUCUAGAAAAAAAGUUGGGAAGCUUCCAAAAAAAUACUAUCUUUCCUGAUAAGCUGAAAAAAAUAAUAAUAAAUUUAUCAAUUUUUCUGAAAAAAAUUCGUAACAGAAAAAGCCAAAAAAAUCGAAAAAAAGAAACAUUUAAAAAAAUUCAACUUUUUCCAGAUAGUGAAGCCCCUUGGAAAUCUUGUCCCUUCCUUGCCCGAUAUUCCUAUUCCCGCUCUUCCUGAUGUGAAUUUAACAAUUUUUUUCAAUAUAAUUACAAAUUUUUCCAGGCAGUCAACCCAAUCGGAAAUCUUGGUGACAACCUUGUCAAAUCCAUUCCAAACGUAAUUUUCGUGAAAAUUAAAUUUUUUUCAUAUUUUUUUCAGCCCGUAAAGUCUGUCGAAGGCCUUGGCGACCUUGUUCCUUCAAUCCCAAAGGUGAGUUGGAGUUUUAAUUAAUUCUAAAAAGGGAUUAAAAAAAUUAAAGAUUUAUCAGAAGCUUUGUGAGAAAGAUAGAUCUUUAAAUGUUCCUACAAAAAAAUCGCCAAAAAAAGUCCAUAAAUAUGAUUUUCAGGCGAUCAAUCCCAUUGAGAGCAUUGGAAACUUUGUUCCUUCUAUUCCAAAAGUAGGAUUUUUCUGGAUUUAUUUGAUUUCAUGCUAAUUUUUGGUCCAUUUUUAAGAUAAAGUAAAGUUAAAUUUAAAGGUCAACUCCCUUGGAGAUCUUGUUCCUUCGAUUCCUGAAAUCCCGUCACUACCUGACGUGGUUUGUACAUGCUUUAUUCAUAAUUACUAUUUAACUUAAUUAAUAAAACUCUAAAGAAGUUAAAUAAAAAUUUUCCAGGUGGUGAAACCGUUAGGAAACCUGGGAAAUAUCGUUCCAUCCAUUCCUGACCUUCCCUCAAUACCCGAUGUAAGGUUUUGUACCAAAAACGGGCCCUUCAAGGUUUCCCCUCCAGGAGCCACCUUACUAAAAGUUGCAAAAGUGGCCACUAUAGUGGUUUAAGUUAGUGGCAAUUUUAGGGAAGCUAGUAGUUCCGAUACGUCGUUUGAAAACUUAGGAACUUUAGAGCGGUCCCUAUAGGGGCCACCUUAGGGGCCUCUAAAGCUUGCAAAAGUGGCCCCUAUAGGGGGCAUGCUAUUUGAUUAUGGUUAUGAACUAUUAGUGAAGAAUCAUAUCCAUGGGAAAAACUAAAUAAAUGAGCAUUUUUUGAAUGAAAUUGAAAUAUCCCUAUAGAGACCAAUUGAGCUUCAGGGGCUUAGGGGUCAGACACUAAACCCCUAUAGGGACCGCCACAAUUUUACCUCUAUAGGGGCCUGUUUUUAUCCCUUAAGGAGCUGUUAACGUAAUCCCUAGAGGAACCACUCUGGAUAUCCUAGAGACGUUUUUUCAACAGUUGAAUGAGAAAUAAAAUUGAAAGAACCCUAUAGGGGUCCCUUAAAGCUGUUUUCCCUUAUCCUCUCUAGGGGCCACUCUGGUUUUCGAAAAAAAAAUUUUUUAAUUAUGAAAAAUUUUUUCAGGUAGUGAAGCCUUUGGGAAACUUGGGCGAUCUUGUCCCUUCGAUCCCCGAAAUUCCUAGUCUUCCUGAUGUGAGUUUAUUUAUAAAUCUUUUACAACUCGUAAAUCUCAAAAUAUAAAAAUUACUGAAAAGUGAUCAAAAUAAUAAAAUAAUAACUUUCCAGGUAGUGAAGCCGCUAGGAAACCUAGGCGAUCUAGUACCUUCCAUCCCCGAAAUUCCUUCACUUCCCGACGUGAGUAAAAAUUGAAACUCAAAAAAAAAACACGGAUAAAUUCAGGUAAUCAAGCCCCUUGGUGACCUUGGCGGCGACCUCAUCAAUUCGAUUCCAAAUGUUAGAAAUACUUUCAGAAAAAAUUAAAUGUUCGAUUUUCAGCCCGUCAAAACUAUUGGCGACCUCGGUGAUCUUGUUCCAGCCAUACCUGAUGUGAGUUUUGAAAAAUUCAAACUUGAAAAUUGAAGGUAAAAGCAAAUUUUAAACUUUUCGGUUUCAAAAAUGUUUAAAAUAAGGCGAGAAAAUUCAUUUAUGGUUUGUAAGCUGCAAUACUCACAUUAAAAAAAUUAUUGAGUCAUUGAAAACCAAUAAAUUAAAAUUUUUCAGCUGGAUAAAAUCCAGAACAUCCUUCCCACCAUCCCAUCAAUGCCUGUGAAUUUUUUUGAACCUUUUUAAAGUUUUUUUAAAAUUUAAUUGAAAGAAAUUUCAGGAAAUCCCUUCCGGAAAACUGUCAGGAGGAGGUAGUGGAAGCGGCUAA